UCUCAAGCAAGCAAGCAUUGCUCAGUCUUAAAUACUAUCAUAUUCAUGGCAUUUUCAUCACCUCAUAUCAUGCCUGAAAAUCCCAUUGAUUUUCGUGCUCCGCCGCCAUCUCCAAUUGCCUCUGGCCGGAGAUCAUCUGUUGCAAAUGAUGAUGUUCUCACUGAAUUUCUUGAGCACUCACUACGUGUUCCAGAUUUAGUUUUACCUGACAAGAUCUUCCCUAGGCAAAAGAUCGUUGAAACGCCUCCAAGCAUUGAUUUCCAAUCUUUGCAUUCUCCGGGUAGUGAUUCAAUUCCCAGGAUUUUGGAUUCACUGUCGAGAAUGGGAUGCUUUCAGUUGGUUAAUUAUGGAAUUCCAAGUGAUUUUACAAGAAUGGUGCUGACCAUGGCUGCCGGAAUUUUUAAGGUGCCACCAAAGCAAAGGUUGACAGUGACAAGGUCCCCGGAGAAGCCAUAUGGGUUCGAGGAAGUGCAUGGGGAGGAGGAGAGUGAAUUGAGCGAAGAGUUUGUGUGGUAUAGAGAUGAGAAGUUGAAGUUAGACAUGGAGACAAUAAUGGAAGCUAGAUAUUCAAAUUUCAGUGAGAAAAUGGAAGCUUUAGUAUCUGAUAUGGAAAAUGUAGCAGAGAAAAUCAUGCAAAUUGUAAGAGAAAAUUCUGAGAGGAAGACAAUGUAUGGAGGAGACAUUUUGCAAGGGCAAGAUCUGGUUGGCUCAGUCUGCUAUGUUUGUAAGCAUAGAAAUAAUCGAAGAGCAAACUACUUGGGAUAUGAUGUGAUCAAAAUGCUUAUAAGAGGAACUGAUUACUCCCAUGCACUUUGCCUCCAUAUCUGUGAUGGGUCUUCAGAGUUUCAUGUCUACUCUAAAAAAGGAUGGGUAUCUUUCUCCCCAGAUAAAGAUGCAUUGGUCGUCACUGCUGGAGAUCAAAUACAGUUAAUGACAGCUGGUCUGAGUGGUGGGCAAUACAAGCAUGUUCUAGGAAGGCCAAUCUUCAAAGGCGAGCAAGAGGACACCAUUUCAAUGGCUUUUCUCUACUCUCCUCCAAGCUUCACCAGCAAAUCAGAAAUGGGAAAGACGAUUUCCCUUGGCCAGCAAGUUAUAGUUGCAAUAGUUUUGAGUGUUUUAUACCAUUUUUUUGUUUAUUUUUUUAAGGAAAUUUGAUGUUUUGAAUAUCAACCUGUGACCCAUUGCUA